GUCAUUAUCUUGGAUGACAAACACCGAUGCCCAGGCAAUUCUUAAUUAUCUGGCGGAGCUUGAGUUCCCCAAGAUCAUGGAGACUUCCCUUCAAUUUGCUCUGUUCAAGACUUAUGGUAUUCCCACGAUUUCUGGGUUACUCGUAGCUACGAAGGAGUUUAGUACCCCUGAGAACGCCAGCAAGAGGUAUGCUGAUACGACUGUCUUGAUCUCGGAGUUCACAAGCCAUCAUCCCAAAUCCGAACGUGUAAUCAAGGCCAUUGCGAGGAUGAAUUAUAUUCACAGUAUGUAUCAGAAGUCGGGCAAGAUAAGUAACGAAGAUCUCUUGUAUACUUUGAGUGUGUUCGUAACGGAACCGAUUACAUGGGUGGAGAAGUAUGAAUGGCGUCCAUUUACGGAAAUGGAAAUUUGCGCUGUCGGAACGUUCUGGAAAAGCAUCGGCGAUGCUAUGGGUAUUCAGUAUAAGGGCCAGCUUGCACGCUCUGAGUGGGUUGAUGGUCUAGAGUUUGUUGAGGACAUCCAGAACUGGGCAGAAUCGUAUGAGGUUCGAUACAUGGUGCCCGCACCUUCUAACAAAACUACCGCCGAUGAACUAGUCCCUCUACUCCUAUUUUAUGUACCAAGGCGUUUCAAACCGGCAGCGUCACAUAUCGUUGGCGUUCUUAUGGGAGAUAGGCUAAGGGCUGCAAUGAGUUUCCCAACUCCUCCAAGAGCUUACUUCAACUUGGCUCACGUCAUGUUCGAGAGUCGUCGAUAUUGUUUACGUUAUCUCUCCUUGCCAAGACCUACUUUCAUGCGAGCGCGAGAGUUGGCUGAUAAGCCAGACAAGACCGGACGGUAUCAUCUGGGUAAAUAUCUGGCGCACCCGUAUUACAACAAGCCAGGUCUCUUGAAUAGGUGGGGUCCCGAAGCUUGGUUUGUUUGGUAUAUGGGCGGUGACGUUCCAGGAUCCAAUGGCAACCAGUAUAUUCCAGAAGGAUACACAUUCGAAGAAGUUGGCCCCAGACCCAUGAAGAACAAGGGUUCGGAAGAGACAAAGGCAUGGGAAGAAAAAAUAAAAGCCGAAAGACCGGCAGGGUGUCCUUUUGCAUUCGCGAGAUGAAUGACCACAACAAUCUAGCUACUUAUUGUUUCAUUUGCACAACAUCCGCAUCGUCAACCCAAUCUUCACCGGUACCGUCUUCUGUCUCUUCCGCCGAUUCUCCACGUUCGUGAGC